GCUUCAUUGGAGUUUGGGGAAUGAGAUUCCCAUCCCCAGAGCUGAGGGGACUGGAGCGUUCAUCUUUCGGGGGAAGGCUGAGGGAGCUGGGACUGUUCAGCCUGGAGAAGAGACAACUUGUCCCCCAAAGGGACCUUAUGGAUGUAUCUAAGUGCUUUUCGAUGGCCGAGGAGCUCAGUGACCUGCUCAGGGAGUUUGAUGAGGUGAUGGAGGACUUUGACCGAGGCCCUGCAUGUCAGUACCAGCAGCACCUGGAAGAGCUGAAGAGGAAAGUGGGACACAGCGUGUACGACAGCGGCAUCGAUGAGCUGGAGAGUGCCAGCACGUCCCCGGGAAGCAGCCUCAACUCCAGCGAGGAGCACCUCAACACCCCAGCCGACACUUACCCCACCAAAGCUAAGCUUGGUGACACGCAGGAGCUGGAGGAGUUCAUCGCGGACCUGGAUAAAGCCUUGGAGGGCUCUUUCAGCUGGGGCAGAAAUACAAAGGCUUAAGUGUGUUCCCUGUCUGCUGCCUCAGCUUCCCCCAGCUGAUGAGCUGGAGGUGCUGGUACCUGGGGAAGGGACUGAGGAUAUGAAGGCCAUGUUGGUCCUGGCAAUGAUGCCCAACAGGACAACCUGCAGAGCUGUUGAUGUUUUUGGGAAGAUGCAGAGGUGCCUGUGGCUCUCUGCCUGCAGCCUCCCUCCAGCUCCUGCUUGGAGGCUGCUCUUUGCUUGAGGGAGAAAGAGAUGUGAGAUGUGGUUCGGGGUUUGGAGAGGAGGAUCCCCAGCAGCUGAGCCCCCCUGAUGCCUGCCUGAUGCACCCUCUGCUUCUGCACCCACUGCUGGCCUGGGGAUAGCUCCUGGGACCAUGCUGGGGACGGGGACAGGCGCGGGGACAGGCGGUGGGGACGGAUCUGGCCAUGGGACAGUGGUGGCAGGGCCCUGCCAGCGCCGAGAGAGGAGAACCCGGGGUGGGCACCAGGCUGUGCCCUGCACGGGGGCUGGUGGCUCCUGGGACUGAGUGGGUUGAGGAGGUCUGUGCCACUGAUGAAGCCCUUGGAGACCCCCUGGGUGAUUUUGGGGAAGGACAUCAGUGUUACCUUGGUGUCCCCUCCAGACUGGGAAAGCCUGUUCCCCCGGUGGCAUCUGUCACAGGUGGUGGCAGCCACUGCUGGCCCUUUGCUUUGCAUGGGGACCCCCAAAUCUGGCCCAUCCCUGCCCCCCAAGUGCCUCUGCCCCAGCUGCUGCUGCUGUAAAUACUGUAAAAAGGAUGUUUUGGGCUGUACAGAGAGAAUGUGUUUCUAUAAACAGGAUUUUAAGCCUC